AAAGCGAACUAAUGGCCCCGCCGUUCAUCCUGGCAUGUCAGAACACGGCAGGGCGGAGCUUGAAGUAAAAGUGAGCUGCUGCCGUGUGUGUGUGUGACUAGUUAUGGCUCCUAGGGAAGCUGCUCCCGCAGAGCGGGGAUCGGUGAUGGAAGGCAUUCGUGCCAUUUUGCUGGGGCCACCAGGGGCCGGGAAGGGGACUCAGGCUCCAAAGCUGGCAGAGAAAUACUGUGUGUGCCACCUUGCCACAGGGGAUAUGUUAAGGGCAAUGGUGGCUUCAGGCUCGGAACUGGGCAAGCGUUUAAAGGCCACAAUGGAUGCAGGCAAGCUGGUCAGUGACGAGAUGGUGGUGGAGCUAAUUGAGAAGAAUCUGGACACUCCCCCCUGUAAGAAAGGAUUUCUUUUGGAUGGAUUUCCUCGCACUGUGAAACAAGCAGAAAUGCUGGAUGAGCUUCUGGAAAAGCGUCAAGAGAAGUUGGAUUCUGUGAUAGAAUUUAAAGUGGAUGAUUCUUUGCUUGUGCGCAGGAUAUGUGGCAGGCUUAUACAUGCAUCAAGUGGGCGUUCCUACCAUGAGGAAUUCAAUCCUCCCAAGGAACCAAUGAAAGAUGAUGUGACUGGAGAGGCUCUUAUUCGGCGUUCGGAUGACAAUGAAUCAACACUGAAGUCUCGGCUAGAAGCGUAUCACACAAUGACCUCUCCAUUGGUGGAUUAUUACCAACGUCACGGCAUUCACACAGCAGUUGAUGCAGCUCAGUCUCCGGAUGUUGUGUUUGCCAGUAUACUGGCAGCAUUCUCCAAAGCUCACUCACAUUGAGUCCCAGCCCUCCGAGAAACUGUGCUCUCGAAGGUCCCAAGAGUCGCUCAAAGGUGUAUGUUGAGUAGUGUCCAUUUCUUUACUCAGAAUUGCUGCUGUAGACUAAGGACCCUUUCAGCCGGUGAUACACUGUCCCCACACAUUGAGCCCAACUGACAAUCCAUUGUCAAUCCUUUUUAUGAACUUGCAAAUAUAUGUAUGAAGCUGACUUAGACUUAAGAGAAUGAGAUUCCUUGGAAAUCUGGACAUAUGUUAUCAAAUUUGCCCAGGCUGAAUCUCGGCUUGGCUAUUUGAGAAUGAUCGAAUUGUUUGUCUCUUUUAGCUUUAACAGGAUGCGCAUCAAACUUCUUUGGUAAUGGGGGAAAAAACCCCAAAUAACUGAACAGCCACAAAGUAAGAGAAGGAAGUAACCACUGUGUUCAUAUAUGAAAUAAUGAUUGGACUGGAUUUAGUGCUGGAUUCAUGUACCCUUUAGCAUUCAGGACAGUGCCUUAUGUAUUCACCAAAGCAAUAAAAGGUUUGAGUAA